GCUCUUUCCCUUGAAAAAAAGGUCCAAGAAAAUGGAAGAACUGGGUUCAAUGUGCAAUUAUCAAGAGGACUUUGAUCAACUGAAAUUCAGUCUUCAAUUCACCACAAUUGAGCUAGAGUCUCUCAAAAUUAAAGUAAAUGAAGAGAAGAGAAAACACAGUGAAGAAAUAAAGCAUUUGUUGAGGCUGCUAAAGCUCGCUUACAAAGAAAGAGAUGAAGCAAGAGAAGAGUUGCAGUUGUUGAUGAGCGAGUUAGUCCCCCACCCCCACUCUGAAAUUCCCAUUGUAGUUGCAACAAAAGCCAACUCGGGCAUCACCGAUACCAGCAGCUUAUCAGAUGCAUAUAAUCACCACCAUCCACACGUCUGUUCUUGCCCGGGGGAUUCCUUCUUUGACACUGUCACUUCACCGGAUCUUUCAACCACGAAAAUCGCUUCUGAUUCAUGCAUGAGCAUCGAUUCUGAAGCAGCUGCAAUUGAUGAUAUAGCAAAGGGGAGAACUUUGCCCUAAAAGGGGAAGCUUUUGCAGGCUAUAUUGGAAGCUGGCCCUCUUCUUCAAACACUCAUUGCUGCAGGAACC